AUGCAGCAGCAUACCGUAGUGGCCAACGAUUUAGCGGAUGGACCACAGGAUAAGCGACUGCAGUGGAUACAAGUAGCUGCACGAGUAUUUCCCGAGUUGGAAACAGUAUCGAAGGCAAAGCGCGCACGGAAAGCAGGGAAUUUACUAUUGAACGGACAGCCACUGGUUGCAACACUCACCUGCGCUGCUGUAAACGAUGUCUUGGUCUACUUGAACUCGGAGAAACGGACCCAAUGGGCUAUUACUGAUAAUGCUGAAGACCUGGAAGCUCAAUUACUUUGGCUUCAAACUUGCAAAACGCAAGGAUUACGUCAAGUCUAUGAAUGCGGCAGCUUGGCGGUCGUUGUCAAACCUGUGGGUAUUCAUGUAAAGGGUCGAGGAAAGCGUACAGUGGAGCGGGCACUGCCAUUGCUGUUACAGGGUCAGCAAUCAAUUGAAGCUGGUGACCGUAUGCUGCCCUUACCACACGCGGUGCAUCGUUUGGAUUAUCGCGUGGGCGGUCUCUUACUUGUGGCGAAGACGAGGAAAAUGGAAGUCGAAUUGUCUGCGCAAUUUGAGCGGCAUUCAGUCACAAAGCAGUAUCGAGCAAUUCUUGUAGGUGACGUUCGUGAGACGUUCCAAGCAUUGAAUGAAAAGAAUUGUACUGUGAUUGACUCCAUUGAGCUGCCUAACGCAUUGCAAAGUAUUUGCCACGAGCUGCAAAUUCUAGACGAUCCCAUUGAUGGCAGAACUUGUCUCACUGCGGUGCGAGUCGUAAGCACAACGCGCAGCGCACGGUAUGACUGGAUAUCAACUGUGGAUCUCUGGCCGCUGACAGGACGCAAGCAUCAACUUCGUGUUCAUACGGCGCGACAUGGACAUCCCAUUGUUGGUGACGAUCUCUAUCACAACACAAGCAAUAUUGUAUGUCAACAUGGAUCCGGCAACAAACCCGCGGUUGUGCGGGGUAUGGGGCUUUUCUUGUUCUCUGUUGGCGUGGCGUUUAAUGAUCUUUAUGCCAACCGACGCAGCUUUUCCAUUGGUGAGCCGCAUAAGUUUGCCCGCUUUCGACAUUUCUGUAACUUGAAUUGGUCCAAGCUAGCUGCUCGACAAACUCAAGACGCCAAUAAGCAAGCAACUGCGUAA